CCAAACAGUUUAGCAGCCACGCAUUACGUUUUUCAAGCAUUAUUUUGUUUUAGUUAUAUUUAGUAGCGAGCUACCUUAGUUCUUAACAACUCACUGAAAUAGCACACUUCGUUUGUAAGAGGUCUUCUACCAUAGAGAAAUCCUGAUUGCCAAGCCAUGAUUCAGGUAGAGGCAGGAGUCUACAUCGGGGCAGCAUCUGACCUGAAAGAUGCCCAGGACCUGACCAAUGCUGGCAUCACCCACAUACUCACAGUGGACUCAGAGCAGCCAGCUUCACCUGAUGGGCCAUUUAGGAUGAAGUAUGUCUAUUGCCUGGACGAGUCCUCCACAGACCUACUCAGCCACCUCGAUGACUGCAUACGCUUCAUAUGUGAUGCUUGCGAGGCAUCAAAAUCUGUCCUUGUGCAUUGCCACGUAGGGCAAAGUCGGAGUGCGGCGGUGGUGACUGCUUACUUGAUGAAAUGUCAUAAAAUGAACUUCGGCGAUGCCUAUGCCAAACUCCAGCAACUUAAACCUGAUGUAAAGAUGAAUGAGGGGUUUGUGGACCAGUUAGCACUAUAUGAGUCAUUGGGUUGUGAAGUAGAUGUCACCCGCCCCCAGUACAAGCAGUACAGACUCCAGAAACUCACAGAGAAAUACCCAGAGCUUCAGAAUGUCCCAAAGGAGUUGUUUGCAGUGGACCCUUACCUAAGCACCUGUUCUGAGGUGGAAUACAGGUGUAAAAAGUGUCGACGGACACUGUUCCGCGCUUCCAGUAUCCUCAGUCACACUAUUGGCAAUGGACCGACUGCGUUUGCGUAUAAGAAGAUGAGUAACCUACCGAGUGGGGACCAGACCCAAUGUACCUCCUACUUCACUGAGCCUGUCCAGUGGAUGGAACAGGCCUUGUUAGGGGUGAUGGAUGGACAGAUCUUGUGCCCAAAGUGUAGAUCCAAGUUGGGCUCAUUCAGCUGGUGUGGGGAGCAGUGUUCCUGUGGUCGAUGGGUGACUCCAGCCUUCCAGAUGCAUAAAAACAGAGUGGAUGAAAUCAAACACAUCAGUAUAGCCACACUCAAAUCAUGAAAAUGUAAAAAUGAUUCACAUCUGUAAUAAAUUUCUCAGAAUAGCUGUCUC